UAUUUAUGUGUGGCCCUGAACAUCUUUUGAAACAAGUUUUGUUUCUUGUAAAACAUGGGAAGGAAAAGAAUGAUCCCUGCAGUUGUAGUUGUUCUCUCUUCUAACUCAGGAAUAAAUCCUCUUAUUCCUUUGGUUUUUACUCUCCUGCUUGUCAUCCCACACUCUUUGAUCAUGGCAAAACAACAAGACCUCUCCCUAUACCGGUUUUACUUUUGCAAACAUAACGGAAAUUACACUGCGGGUAGUCAAUUUGAAGACAAUCUCAAAAUCCUCCUCAUCCGGUCUCUUUACAAUAAUGGCGGUGACUCCUUCUCCAAUAUUACCCAAGGGGAUGAUCCUGACAAAGUUUAUGGCCUAUUCCUCUGCAGAGGUGAUGUUCAACCCAGUAUCUGCAAGAAUUGCAUCGACACGGCUGGCGUUGAGAUUUUAAAAAAUUGCUCGCCCUACAAAGAGGCCAUUAUAUGGUAUGAUGAGUGUUUUAUUCGCUACUCGAACAGUUCUUUUUCUACCAUGGAGAUACUCCCACAAUUUUAUACGUGGAACGCAGCAAACGCAACCCUGCCAGAUAACUUCAAUGAGAUUUUGGGAAAGACAUUCUCUAAUCUGAGUAUUGUGGCAACUUCCAAUCCUUUGAACCACAUGUAUGCAACCAGUCAAACUAAUGUGACCAGUUCUAUUAAGUUGUAUAGCAUGGUGCAGUGUACGCCUGAUUUAACACCAACGGAUUGCCGUACUUGCCUAAAUUCUGUUGUCUCUGAAUUUCUUAAAUCCGUGGCCGGAAAGAAAGGAGGGAGAUCUGCGUCACCAAGCUGUAACAUAAGGUAUGAAUUAUACCCCUUCUUGCUGGACCCUCCUGCACCCAACAAGCCUAAUAGUGGCAGCAGCGGCGGCGGCAAACAUGAAGAUAAUGGAAAUAGCUCAGAAGUUGAAUUGAUUGACUCGGCUGGAGGAAGAUUUGGCAAUGACUACAACAGUGAAAAUUUGCAAGCAGAGAAGCACGCGAAAUUGCAAGACUUUCCUUCAUUUCAGUUAGAUAUCAUACUUGCAGCAACAGAACAUUUUUCUGAAAAAAAUAAGCUCGGAGAAGGUGGAUUUGGUCCAGUUUACAAGGGUACAUUACCGGAUGACAGAGAUAUUGCAGUUAAAAGGCUCUCAAGAACUUCCGGCCAAGGGCUAAAAGAGUUCAAGAAUGAAGUCAUUUUAAUUGCAAGGCUACAACAUAGGAAUCUUGUCAGACUCUUAGGUUGUUGCUUGGAGGAAAAUGAGUCACUGCUCAUCUAUGAGUACAUGCCCAACAAAAGCUUAGAUGUCUUCCUCUUUGACUCAACUAAAGGAGAGCAACUAGACUGGAAGAGACGCUUUCUCAUAAUUAAUGGAAUUGCUCGAGGCGUACUAUAUCUACAUGAAGAUUCUCGACUUAGAAUUAUUCAUAGGGACCUUAAAGCUAGCAACGUUUUGUUGGAUCAUGAGAUGCAUCCCAAGAUAUUUGAUUUUGGGAUGGCAAGGAUUUUUGGUGGAAAUCAAAGUGAAGCCAACACAAAUAGAAUUGUUGGAUCAUAUGGAUAUAUGGCUCCAGAGUAUGCUAUGGAAGGAUUAUUUUCUAUUAAAUCAGAUGUUUUUAGUUUUGGGGUUAUCUUGCUUGAGAUAAUAAGUGGGAAGAAGAAUAGUGGCUUUCAUCUUUCCAAACAUGGCCACAGCCUCCUUACUUUUGCAUGGAAAUUAUGGUCCGAAGGACAAGGAUUGGAGUUGAUGGAUCCAAUACUAGUGCAGUCAUGCGUGGCAAGUGAAGUGCUGAAGUGCAUCCAUAUUGGAUUGUUGUGCGUCCAAGAAGAUGCAGCGGAUAGACCCAACAUGUCUUUUGUAGUUGUUAUGUUGGGAAGCGACACCGUGAUACUUCCUCAACCAAAACAACCUGCGUUCUCCGUUGGGCGGCAAGUCUUAGAAUUAGCUCAAUGCUCACAAAAUCUUGACGUACCCUCUGUCAAUGAGAUAACUAUUUCAGAUGUAUCACCUCGGUGACUGAUAGUAUUAAAUUAUUCUUUUCCUCGUUUUGUGAAAUGAUUCAUGGACAUUCACACAUUAUAUUGUUCAAAUAUCUUUGAGAGAUGUAUGGUAAGUCGGAUGAUUCACAUCUAUAAUAGUGUGCCAGUCAAGAAUAUUUGCAUAUUAGAAAGAAAAAAAAAAACUUGUUCUGCUUAUACAGAAUAUUGAAGCCACUGCUUGUACACGACUCUUUACAUAUAAAAAUAUGUAAAAACGUUACUUUUCUUUUUCGAAGUGGAGUUCAAGUUGAAAAUGGAAAUCCUGAGCAGCGA